UAUGGUCAGGUGAACCAACCUAUAAUAAUCCCUUUUCGUCUCAUUUUGCUCCCACUAACCACACUCGCCCAAACUCACGCCUUGCUCCACAUCCGUUUCGAGUCGCUGGAAUUCAAAGUGUAUGCACUGCCGAUCGCCAAGGUCAUCCAGGAACACAAUUGGGGCGUUGACGUUGCUCAAUCAGGUCUGGUUCACGGCGAACAAGAAGACUACAUGGACAUCCUGAUGAACGAUAUCCAGCGCCGCAAAAAUCAGAUCAAGGCCCGCCGCAACGCUUCCUGGGGAGGCGCCGAUCACCCGCCUCCUCCUCCACCGGUCAUCAAAGGGAAUGACCAAGAGAGCGUUGACCUUACUCAAUCAGGUCAGGACCACAGCGACCAAGAAGACUGCAUGGCCAUCCUAACCAACGCUGUCGAGCGCCAAAAGCUUCGGAUCAGGGCUCGCCGCGCUUCUGGCGGCACCGAUCACCCAGCUCCUCCUCCACCGGUACAAAAUCCGCCAUCAGCAUCUCCAGCCGCACCUGCGUAUCACGAGUGGAGGAAGAGGCAACCAGCCGGACCGCCUACAGGUUCCUCCGGCACCAACACCAAUACCAGCACCAGCACCAAGCCGCCAUCAUUCAAGAAGCCAGCAUCCAUCGUGUGCCGAGUCUGCGGCGUGCGGUGCAUGACGGCGUCCCACCUGAAGAUGCACGAGAUGGGAAGGAAGCACCGGAACAAAGUGGCCUACGCCGCCGGCGAGAUGAACGUGCGGUGCGACGUCUGCGACGUGCCCCUCUUAAGUAAGGUCAACGUCGAGGAGCACUACGCCGGCAAGCAGCAUCUCCAUCGGGUCUUCGCCUCUAGCUCCGGUGCCAGUUCAUAUGUGGCGCGGCCGCCCCGCAACCCAAUAGCCUGACAUGGUCAUACUUAGCAACUUCCCGUUAAGAGUUAAGACUCGGUGAUACUGCCAUCCAACGUUAUUUGAACUUUGAACUGCCUUAGUCGUAUAUGUGGACAGAGUCAGUCUAGCGACCACGUUAUUCGUAUAUUUGGAAUCUGCAACGGAUUACAUAUAUAUUUAAAUUUAUUAGGGCCCUAUUUAUUAUUAUGGUGUGUGCGGUUCUGCUUUA